AUGGCUGCUGGUUUAACAGGGAAGUUUUGCCCUUCCAUAAUAUAUAAUAACUCUCUUCACUAUCAGCAGGUGGAUUAUUACAAGGUAGUUUGGUGUAAGCUAUCUCUGCCUAAGCAUAGAUUUCUGCUAUGGCAAGUAGUCAAUGCUAAUCUGCUUACACUUGAUAACCUGCAUCGAUUCAAUGUGCAUAUAGACUCAUCUUUGUGCCCUGUUUGUGGUGAGCUUGAUGAGAGUCAUGCCCAUCUAUUUUUUGAGUGUUCACUGUCUAAACAGGUGUUGGCUCAGGUUUUUGACUGGUUGGAUUGCAAUACUUGGCCUAUUGAGUUUGACAGAUGGAGAGUUUGGUUAGCCAGCAGGAAAAAUGGCUUCAUAUUUCAGUUAGCAAUCAUGAUACUAGCUGCUUCUGUUUAUAGUAUUUGGAGGAAUCGUAACAACUGUAUCUUUGAAUUGUUUUCUAAAUCUGCUGUAAGUAUAGCUUCGGAAGUUAAGGCUGUUUUUCAUCAUAGGCUGAUCAGUAUUAAUAAGCAAGAACUUUCUGCUCAGGAACAACGAAUUGUAUCUCAGUUUUUAAUGUCAGCUUGA